CGCCGCCGCUAUCCCCGCCCGCCCUGCAGCGCCCCCCAGCGGCGACGACGGGUACCGCCACCCCCGGCACUAGGCGCAUGCGCGCAGGGCGCCAUGAGACCGGCGGAAGUGACGUGUUGCGGGCGCCAUGGCCGAGGCGACGGGCGCGCCGCAGCCGGAGGACUGCCCGGGAACCGGCAGCGCCCAGGCGGGUCGGGCCGCCGCCUGCCAGGGAUGCCCCAACCAGAAGCUCUGCGCCGCCGGCGCCGCCGUAACGGACCCGGCCGAGGCGGCGGAGCUGCGGGAGAGGCUGCGCGGCGUGAAGCACACCGUCGUGGUGCUCUCCGGGAAGGGCGGCGUGGGGAAGAGCACGUUCAGCGCGCUCCUGGCUCACGGGCUGGCGGCCGACGAGAGCAAGCAGGUUGCCCUGCUGGACAUAGACAUCUGUGGGCCGUCCAUCCCUAAGAUGAUGGGUCUGGAAGGAGAACAGGUUCAUCAGAGUGGAUCUGGAUGGUCUCCAGUGUAUGUUGAAGAAAACUUAGGUGUCAUGUCAGUGGGGUUCUUGCUCAGUAGUCCUGAUGAUGCUGUCAUCUGGAGAGGACCAAAAAAGAACGGGUUGAUCAAACAAUUUCUUCGCGAUGUGGACUGGGGUGAAAUUGACUACCUGAUUGUAGACACCCCUCCAGGCACAUCAGAUGAACACUUAUCAAUUGUACAGUACCUCAGUGCAUCGCGCAUCGAUGGCGCUGUCAUAAUUACUACCCCUCAGGAAGUAUCACUUCAGGAUGUACGGAAAGAAAUCAACUUCUGUCAUAAAGUGAAGCUGCCAAUCAUAGGUGUUGUGGAGAACAUGAGUGGCUUUAUCUGUCCAAAAUGUAAGAAAGAAUCUCAGAUCUUCCCCCCAACUACUGGAGGCGCGGAGAAGAUGUGCCAGAACUUGAAUGUUUCCCUCCUGGGUCAAGUGCCCCUCGAUCCUCAAAUAGGAAAAAGCUGUGACAAAGGCCAAUCUUUCUUGUCUGAAGCGCCUGAGUCUCCAGCUACAUCAUCUUACAGGAACAUAAUUCAAAGGAUUCAGGAGUACUGCGAUCAACGCCAUUUUCAAGAAGAAAAGAUUAUCUGAGUAGAAUAAAAAAUAUGCUUCAUAUGUAAUUACAGAGAAGUAACUUAUGCUUUGCCUUAAUAUAAGGAAUGUAUUCUUUUUGUACAUUGCAAAUAAAUUCUUAGUAUUAAU